ACUAAUAAUAGCUUGUUUAGAAUGUAUCAAUGUUUUUCUAUUAACUAAGUUUUAUACUUGAAAAAAUACAUGAAUUGAUACAGUACAGUGUAAUAUAACUGACUUGCAAAAUCACCAUCAUAACUAUAAAAUAAUUUUUUAAGAGUUUAUGGGAUGACGUCUGUCAUGUGGAAUUAUAUUUUAAUUAUUUUUAUAUCGAUCUUGGUCACCGUAUUAACUCGCAAUGAUCCCAGAAAUAAUGGGGACUUGGCGCUGUGGAUUGAUCAAAAACAAGUCAAAAUGUUCAGUGGCAUGUCUAUGGAAAUUUAUGCUAUAGCAAAUGGCACAGUAAUGCAGUACAUAUUAGACCCUAAUUUCGAAAAGUAUUUACCAGUUAUACCUUCUGAAGUUGGCUACGUGAAUUUCACUUGGAAGGCAGGGACAAAGAAGUAUUAUUACAAUUUUGACCGUUUACAGUCAUAUGAUGAGAGUAUACUAGAGGCACCCGUGAUAUCGAUACGUACAAAGGGCCGUGUUCCUAAACGACCAAAAGAAUUCAGUAUUCAUUUACCAUGUCUAGGUAACAGUUCAGGUAUUGCAAAAUUCGGAAUAGGUUUACUUAUAGAGAGCCGAAAAGGUAAACCAUUGAACGGUACUCCCCUGAGACUGAAGUUGAAAAAGGAGUGCUCCCAAAGAAAAGGUCCAGAUCCGGAAUGUGAUAAAAAAUGUGCCAAUCAGGGGUGGUGCAAUCAUGAGAAAAUUUGUCAGUGUCCUGAAGGUUACAUGGGGCAGUAUUGUAGAACAGCGCUGUGUUAUCCGCAAUGCAUGAAUGGGGGCAAUUGCACAUCUCCUGGAAUCUGUAGCUGUCCCCCUGGUUUUCAAGGCCGGCACUGUGAAGGAGGAAUAUGCAGCGAAAAGUGUUUAAAUGGGGGAAAAUGUAUCCAAAAAGACACUUGCGAAUGUUCAAAAGGGUAUUACGGGCCUCAUUGUGAAUACUCAAGGUGCGUUAUCCCUUGUUUGAAUAACGGCAAAUGUAAGGCAGUGAACAAAUGCAGAUGUCCAAGAGGUUUUCGUGGUGACCACUGUGAGAUUGGAAGAGCCAAAACCCAUCGAAGCAACUGUCAACUUCCCUGCAAACAUGGGACUUGCGUUGACAAAGCUUGUGUCUGUGAUCCUGGGUAUUAUGGGAGACUGUGCCAUAACUUAAUUAUUUAAGACUUGGCCUAUUCUAAGGAAGCUGCAACUUUACUUAUUCUCAUAGUAUUUUAUCUCAGUGUUGUAUAUUUUAACUAACAGCUAUUUUUUGUUUCCUAUUACUAUUAAGGAUUUUUACAUAUAUUUUGUGCCAAAAUAUUUUUCUAUUAAUAUUUAAUAAGUUUUUCUAUUAGUGGUUAUACAGAGUAUUAAAUAUAUACAUACCUGCGAUGUCUUAUAGAAAAUAUAUAAUUUGUGACAUGGGCGUAGCUAGGAUUUUUACUACGGGUGGGCCCAGGGUUGUAAUAAAAAAAAAGCUCACGAACUUCAAAUCAUAAACACUUUUUCGUUUGAUUCUAAAAAACGGCCACGCCACGCAAUCAGUGACCUACUGAUAUAAAUUUUCAAAACAUAUACACUUUUUGAAACUUGCAGCAUGCAGCAACAAUUAGGGGGGAGGGUGUGGCCCCCCACUGGCUACGCCCAUGUUUAUGAAAUAUUUUUGUUUUUUUUUUUAAAAAGGUAAGGAAAUGCAUAUAGAUCUAAGAUAUGUAUAUACUAGACAGUGUUUAUAAUCACAGAUAAACCUUAUAUUUUUAUAGAUAAAUGUGUGAUAACAUACUUAAAGCUAUUUUUAUAACAGUUUUUAAUAAAUAUGUGUAUGUAA